CUAGCCUGUUGUGUCAAAUAUCUAGCCGCUUUUUGUCACUUUCUUCUGAUCUUGUACGACUUCAAGGAUCAGAGAGUACAAGUGAAAGAGUGAAAAAAUUUACCGAUCGUUUUUGACUCGUUUCAGAGCGAUAGUCAUGGCUGGAUUCGGCUCCUUCCAAUGUUAUCGUAUGUCGUCUUGACUCACGAUCUUGUCAAAGAGUUGGUAAUUUUGCCUGAUUAAGGCCUUUCAAAACAGACUCGACAGCCAAUUACAAAUGAUUGUAGCAACGAAGUGAAAAUUUUUCAGCCAGUCAGGAGUCAGUGAAGCGAUCGCCCACUAAGUGACGUAAUCAACUUUUGUUUUGGUUAAUAUUACGGGAUAGACAAUGAAUGAAAUAAGAAAUCCCUCAGGCGAAGUAAAUAUUGAAUUUCUAACCUAGCUCCAGAGUGCCAUGGAAGUGAACCAAGGCAUGGAUGGUGAAAUUAGCGAAAGCCAGCCUAAUCCUCGCGCUGAGGGCAUAUUCGCUGCUCAGUGCAUCCUCAAGAAAAGAACACGAAAGGGACAAGUCGAGUAUUUGGUCAAAUGGAAAGGCUGGUCGGCCAAGAAUAACACUUGGGAACCAGCCGAGAAUAUCCUCGAUGGACGUCUGAUUCUGGCCUUCGAAAACAGUCGAAGACGACGAGGGAAGAGGCCAAGAUGGCAACGAGGGAUAGCCACAGUGAAGCGGACUCGAUCCGACACGGGACCAACGACAUCAUCUUACACGAAUAGAUGUAGUGUAGGUUAUUCAGAUUGGGAUUACGCUACUCAUUCGCGCUCUAUCAGUACUCGAGGACGUGAAAGCGAAAGUAGUGACUCUAGCUUCAGCUUGGAUGCCACUUCUGAUGUGACGAUCACAGACGAGAACAACACUUCCAGUGCUAGUUCUUACUUGUCUGUAUCUCCAGGUCCACCAGGUGAACAGGAAACUGCGGUCAAUGCCGAGCUUCCUCACACUAUUGGGUCCUCUUCACCGGCAAAUGGCCGACCUGAAUGUACUACUUCGCCGAUAGCCACGAAAACCGUGGUUGUAAAACAAGAUAAGAAUUCUCACAACAUUCGAGAUAUAUUAAAAACUACAUCUCCAGAUCCUCCAAAGCAAUUGUUUAAUUUAUCAGACUCUCAAACGAUUACUGCAGAAAAUGAUUCAAAGCCUCUUGCUGGGGAACUCGAUGAUGGGCUCGAGUUUCUUUCUCGCGAGAAGCCCUUGUACCCUCGUACCAAAACCUCCAAUUCAGAUUUUCAUCUUCGUCCCGUAGCGGAUGAAGUCGGGAAUGACAAGCGAGCAGCUCUGCCAGGCGAUGGGGCAAUGAUUUACGACAGUUCUAAAAUCCAGUUUCGACAUCAUAAAGAGACUUUGACGAAGGAAUCGCCUGAGAUAAAGGGACAGCUAACUUUUGAGGGUUUCAAAACCGAUACAAAUAACUUUCGAAUGGGAAAUUUGCCGGAACAAGGAAAGGUUUCUCUUGGUGAAGGUCAGUCGUUGGUUUCAGCGAGCUGUAAGCAGAACGGGGACAGACAGGAUGGAGUAGAAAAUCAUGGAAGCAUCUCAAAAUUUCCUUGUAGGCCGGACGGGAGAGGAAAUUUUGUGUCUGACCUUAGCAAAAAGUCAACUGUAAGUGACUCGAAGAUGGCUAUGACAGAAACUAAGUCUGGAGCACCAGGGCUAACAUACUGGCACAAACCCCUCAUUGAUCAGAUCUUUAUAACUGAUGUGACAACGAACUUCGUAACGGUAACGGUUAAAGAGUGUUUAACCGACAAGGGUUUUUUCAAGGAAAGGCAGAGCAAUGUAGUGUAGUUGAUGAACUAUCACGGUGCAGACAACACUGGUGAAAUAGACUGCCCGCCAGCGAUAUUAUAUAGUCUUCCCGUGAAAUAUGUUCUCUCUCUUGACCGAAAACCUCGAGAACAAAUCUUCCUACAGACCCUCUUCUGGAGACCAUCUUCCUUGACAACGAAAUGUCAAGAUCCCGGCUUUGAUGACUCCAUCACCAAUUGUAUUCACGGUAAAAGAGCUAUAAUCCAACAGAGGACCUAAAAAAAGCAUAGUCUAUGCCUAGUUUCACGUAUAUAAGUAAUAGAUGACUAAAGUAGAAAGGUUUAGUGCGUGGGCUAAUUUUUAGUCGAUCUAUAUAAGUUAAAGUACUUAAUAUACACGUUGUUGGAUGUUGUUGAAACUGUUUCGAAGUGUUUGUCUUCGUAUCAAAUCAGCGAGGUCUCACCAUUCUUCUGAAUCGUUGGACGAAAAAAUAAUUCAAAUGGUAUAUUCUGAAUAUAAGUUCUAGUAAAAUCUAGUUUCGUUUCAAAAAAUGUAAAGAUGAGUAAUAUUGAUAUUUCAGCCCUAAAUUAACUAGAAGAUCUCUCGUUGCUAACGUAUUACAGAUACGAAGACUGGCGAAGGAACUGGCGUUUGACUGUAGAAAAUCUAGCUUUUAUAUAUGGUAAACAAAAAAUGAUAUAAUAAUCCUAGACGAAUUUCUAAAACGAAAAAGAAAUUAAUUAUUGAAAAAGCGGGGAAAACGUUUUUUGGUGCUCGGGUUCGUCAAUAGGAAACCACUUUUUGGUUCCUUGCGGAUCUAAACAAUACUUACUUUCGAUACGGCUCGACUUUGACUUUCGUUUUUAACCAGACGAGCCGUUUCAUCUCAGUCGUGUUAGGAAAAAUAAGUAGUAUUUUUUCCGUUUGUCUGGUUUUAAAUAUAUAUAUAUUUAAGAUCUGUACUCAUAUGAUGUUGAUUGAUGCUAAUCGGUCAACUUUGCGGGCAAGACAAGGUAACAUUUUGUCCAAAGGAUUUUCAAUUAGUCGGCAAAAUCUUAAAUAUUUAGAGCUGCGGACUCUAGGAGAAAAUCUUGGUAUUUAUAAUUGUAGAUUCAAUAAUAUAAAACCUAAGUACCAAGUAAUCGUGAUAAUUACAGAAAAGACACUGCGAAAUGUAAAUCUUUUCAUUGUUCGCGAAGAAGCAUUUUAAAACAAAAAUCUAUAAUGUAAAAAAAUUAAAUUUUAACUGUUAGACUGUUGAGUUAAAAACGACGGUUUUCAGAGCGGCUAGAUUGAUAAUGGGAAGUCCUUUUGUUCGGUGAGUUUUAUUCAUCGCUAAAUUCAAACUUUGUUUUGUAAUUUGGAACGGAUUAUGGACUUGAAUAUCGUACUUUAACUAUGAAGCACGAACAACAAAGGAAGAAAUGAUUACGCUGUGAUGUUUAAAAGCUUUUUUACGAACCCUGGAUUAAGUUUUGACACUUUUUACAAUGAAAUCUUAAUGCGAUUGAGUCGGCUGUUGUGAGAAACGUGCUCCAAGAGUACUACUAUAGUUGGUACUCUAAGAACAAAAUGUACAAACCGUAAAAAAAUAUAAACAAAAUAAGGCCUGGAAAUGCAGUCUUUAUUACUUACUGUUCAAUUAGGCAGGGUUAAGAGUAUUAGUACAGUAAGAGCGUUCGCUUUCGAAUUUUUGAAUUUGAACUUUAAAAAAUAAAAGUGUUGUUUCGAUGAUUGUAGUCACACCGGCUAUGACAGUAUAAUUACUUAACUCGUGAAUUGAGUUUGAAAAAUAUGGAAUUUUACUCGAUGAAAUUGAUGUAGGCCUGUAUUGGCCACUGAUUGAAACGUUGUACGACGUUUUUGUUAUAAUAAACAUAGUAUUUACCUAAGA